AUGAAACAGAUUUUUGAUAUUUCACCAAAUUAAACUUACAUAACUAUGAUUUUAUUUUAAUUAUACCUUAAUACAUUUAGCUUUCAUCUCAUGAUUGCCUUAAUCUAGUGGAAAUUACUCUUCCUUCUUUUUCCUGUCUGUAUUAAUUUAUAAAUUAAGUAUCUUUUUGAACAGAAAAAAGUUCAUUUAACUGAUUUUAUGUGAAUGUGAUAGACAUCAUAUUUGUUCUGAAAAAAGAUCCUUCAGACAUGCUUCCCCAUUCUGAUUUUGUGAGAAUCAUAUAGAUUAUAGACCCUCUUCACUACAUCUCUGCCUCUCUUCCCUUUUUUCACUUUUUUCCUUUCAUUUUUUGUGAAAAGAAAGAAAGUUUCUGUAUUUCUCUCCUUCCUUCUCUGUAACUUCCACCAUUUCUUCAUCUGCUUCAUUAUAAUUGAGGUUAAAUUGUGAUGGAUUCUUGGGAAUAUGUAUCAACAGGAAAGGGUUUGUGGUUAUCUGAGGAAGUAGAUUUACUAGUUGAUAAUCAUAGUAAGAGUAAAAUGAUGGGAUGUGAAAUCAAACCCACUGUUAAUGUUGAAAAUUACCCGCUAAUUUCUAACACUCAAGCUCUUGAAAGAAUGGGUUUUAUGGAUUUGGGUUUUGCUGAUGAUGUUAGAAAAUCAUAUUCUAUUUCCAGUGAACCAAGUGGAGAGGGUUUCAGUGAUGAAAUUGGGACUGAUUAUCAUCCCUCAUUUGGGGAAGAAAAAGAAUCAGGCUCAAAAAUCAUAUCUGAUUUUAUGCAAUCAAAUAAACAGGAUUGUUCAUUUGUUGAUUUGACGUUGGGUAGUUUUGUAGAUGGUGGAGUUGGCGAAGGUAGCGAGUUGUUAAGAACUCAUGUACCCGAGUCCUCUAACAUGUCGUAUUCCCCAUCGAAAAAAGCUCGAUUAACAUCUUUGAGUAUUCGAUCUCAAUGUUGUCAAGUUCUUGGUUGCAACGCGGAUCUUAGCUCUUUUAAAAGCUACUAUAGGCGCCAUAAGGUCUGCGAUGUUCAUACGAAGACUCCGAAAGUUAUUGUUGAUGGGAUUGAGCAAAGAUUUUGUCAGCAAUGUAGCAGGUUCCAUCUUUUGGGUGAAUUUGAUGACGUUAAACGUAGUUGUCGUAGACGUCUUGCUGCUCAUAACAAACGUCGAAGGAGGCCUCAGUUCACUUCUGAAUCAGGUGCUGGAAUUAUUGACUUUUCCUCCUCACUUUCUUUUCCUGAAGUGAUGCCUAAUGUUUGUCUUGGUCCCACUAAUUACAAAGAGGGAAAUGAAGAUUCCAUCAAGAAGUCAAAUUUCUUUCUCCAAAUGGGCUGUGUAGAAGAGAAAAUGGAUAAGAUUCCUACAAAUGAUAUUUUUAGUACGAUGAAACCAAGUCUAGAACAUACAUCAAGCAUCCAACAAUCUAGUCGUGCUCUCUCUCUUCUGUCAGCUCAAUCACAUAGUUUGUCAAGCCAGUUUCUGGAAUCUACAAGCACGGCACUAAUCAACCAAACAACCCAUGUAAAUUCCGAUGCAGGACAUGCUCUUAACCACCCAGAAACCGGAAUGUUCUCAAUGGAAGCUAACGAGGAAGGACCCACCACAAUCAACCCGACCAAUGGUGACACAAGUGGCUUACAUCUCUCAGUUGACGACACUUCAAGCAAGACGAUAAUGGAUACAGAUUGUUGUCAUCCUAAGGGGCGUGACAUCAUUCUCAGCUUGUUUCAGUUGUCUUCGCAUCUUCAAAGGGUUGAAAACCAGAGACACUCAUCUGAAAAUGAAGCAGGAUAAAUUAAACACCCUUUAUUUUUCUCCUUUAGUAACUUCAAAGGACAGUGCAAUAGUGCAUGCAUUGAGAGUGUUGCAGUAAAAUAUUAGUGUUGGUAUGCCCAAAAUGGUACUUCCCGCCAGCAGUAAACAAGCGAUGUUUGAUAGAAGUAUUAAAACUGAUAGAAUUGAGGACGAACAAUGAGUCAGUACAAAAUCGAAACGUUCAACUUAUUUACAGUACAGAAGCAGCUCACUGUGAUUUGUUUGUAGAAGGAAAAAGAACGAGGAAGGAAGAUAGUAGUGAUAUAGUAAGAAUACAGUGAUAUUUGGAGAAUGAAGUAUUUUGAAACCCAUUAUUACUUCAUCUAAAUUAUGUAAUUAAGUCUUUUGCUUAUGUCUGUUAAUUGCUUCUUUUCUUUUGUUUUGGUAACGUUAAGUUGAAGAAGUUGUGGUUGAGUCUCAUUAGUCUGUCACUUGUUUUAUAAAAUUGACAUGUCGAAAGCCCGCCUCUACCCGUUAUUAAUUUUUAUGGUCCGACCUGUUAAGAAAAGGGAUCAGCCUGAACCUUAAAUUAUGGGCUGAGCGACAGACUUUUAACAGGCCCGUGUAUUUGAGAUUAUGUGGGAAUUGCUUAUGUGUUUGUAAUUAAGUAACAAAACGCCACUUUUGAAUUU